AUGUCCGGUCGGAAGGGCUACGACCUAUCCCACCUCUGUAAGGAAACUAGAUCUCGAACACGAGAACCUAUUCAAUCACAUCUUCAAGAAGGACAGACCCAGACUCCUUCCAACAGUAAUAGCACUUCUUCUUUCAUUUCUCAAUCAUCAUCCCCUCUAGAUUCAUCCAUUCAAUCUCAGAUCCCCGUCUCAGGUGUUCCUUUGGAACAACAUGAUGUUUCUAGAGACAAUCCCCAGCAACCUCUACGUUUGAGUCCCGGUUACAUCACGACCUCUGGUCAAUACACGUUGUAUAAUCAACAUACCGGUCGUGGCUGGCGGCGGGCAGGUCGAGCCACAGAUCACGCCUCUCAAGCAAUUCACCAACCUCAACAUGAUUUGACGCGUCCUAGUCAAAGGACUAUCAAUACAAGCAGCGGUAAAAUGGAAACAACCAUAGACGCCAAGGACGAUGCACUUGCCAACCACAACCACAUCGCCGACACUUUGGAUCUUAAUAUCCCUCUUCUAGAAUGCAAGAUCGGAUGUGAAGCCGAAGUUAAGACAGAAGAGAACUCAUUGAUUAACUUUAAUGUUAAUUCAAAUAUCAACCCAACCUUCACUACCGCCGCGAAUAGCAGCACUCAUGGUGGUUUGGAAUAUACUCGCCCAAAGACUAUCAACCUCCUAUUCACUGCUCGCCACAAUGCCAGGGGACAACAUCGGCAUGACAGGCCAGCUACAAGUGCCAGCAGAAAGGUAUUGCACUCCCUAGCGCGGCGCAGAGCCAUAACAUCGCCGACCAUAGUAGGGGGGUUCCUAGCACCACCUUCCAUGUUACCCAUUCCCCAUCCCCAUCCCCGCCGUUCAAGACGCCUACCAAGUCACCCUACGCCGGAUGUUUUUACACCAGCUACCAGAUUAGCCCCAGGAGAGGACAUAGACAAGGCAGACCAAUGCCUUGGCUCACCGCGACCCAAGCCUACACCUCAGAUUACCCUAACUGCACCCUCGGAUGACGAGAAUAAUGCAAGCAUUCCAGUUACCAGGGGUGAUUGGCUUAUCUAA